AUGGCUUUUGCCCGCAGACUAGCUAUCAUCCCUGGUGGCCUCGGGGGGUUGGGCUCUCACAUCGGCAAGAAGCUGCGCGCAGAAGGCGCUCGGAUCGCGAUCCUUUACGCUCCCUUUGAAGCCUCGAAGCGCGAUGAGCUCCUCGCCGCAGGAUACAGCGACGCGCUCGCCUCGUCAUCCCCCAGCGACAUCCGCACGUACGAAUGCGACAUCACAUCGCCCGACUCCGUACGCAAUGCAUUCACCUCAAUCACGAACGAGAUGACCGCCGCGGACCUCUCCGACCGCGCGUUUCCCAGUAUUCUCAUCAACACCGCCGGCUACGUCUCCCUGAGCGACAUGCAUCUCACCCCGCCCGAGGAGACUCUCAAGCACCUAACCACGAACGUCUAUGGGCCGAUGCUAUGCGCACAAGCAUUCGCGAAUCUCUACUUCGCUGCCUCUCAAGCAGCCUCAGCGAGUGACCCUGCGCCGCCAGGCCGGAUCGUGAAUCUGGCCUCCAAGGCGGCGCAUGUCGCGCUGCACCAGCACGGCGCGUACUGUGCGUCCAAGUCGGCGGUGCUAGGUCUUACGCGGUGCAUGGCGAGUGAAUGGGGGCCUAGAGGGAUUACAGCGAAUACGGUGUCGCCGACGGUGGCAUGGACGGAGUUGGGGAAGAAGGCUUGGGGCGCCGAGGGGGUGAAGGAGGGCCUGCUUGAGAAGAUCCCCACCGGGAAGGCUUGUUUGCCUGAGGAUGUUGCGGAUUCGGUUGUUUUUCUCUGUCGGGACUCGAGUGGCAUGAUUAAUGGUGGGGAUAUCAAGAUGGACGGAGGUUAUACUAUUCGGUGA